GCAACAUCUGUUACUUAUUAUAUGCGCAACAUCUGUUACUUAUUAUAUGCGCAACAUAUGUUACUUAUCUGUUUAAAAUAGCAUACCCACUAGUGAGCUGCUUCUUAAAACAUCUAAACUGAAGCGAGAAAACCAAGAUGAAUCUCUCUAUAUUUAUUUUUAUCCUCUUCUUUGGAGUAUCUUUCUCAAGACGCUGCGACGAACUGGCAAAACGACAUUGCGCAGUGAAAUACGAGGCAUAUCGACGUUAUGACCCCGACUGUACAGGUUAUAAAAAGUUUCUGGCAUGCUUUCAUGGACAAGAUGGGAAAUGUUAUGGAUUCUUUAAAUACCAGCCUAACUGUAUGCACAGGAAUACCUCAAAUAAGAAAGUAAUGGUAUGUGAUUGUGAUUUCCCCGUGACAUUUCACCAAGUAUUCCUUACAGUUCUUGGCGUUACAUUAUUAAUAAAAUACUGAAUAAACAACGUGCUGAAAUAAUUACCUGCUUGUGUUCGGCUGUAAUUCUGAUUGACGUCCAGGUCCAUACGUCGGAAAUCUACCUUGAUAAUGAGAAGGAUUAUGGGAAAGAGUAUAUAUGUCUCACGCAUUUAUGAAAUUUGAAAGUCCAGCAUCAUCAGAUUAUGCUUUUGAAGACAAUCGUUUGUUUAAGUGUAUUUCAGUAUAUUUAUAUAUACACACUAACAACGCGCACGAAUAUAUACAGGUGAAUUUCCGAAAGAAUUAUUUCUACCUUUCAGGAAAUUACUCACGUAAUAAAAUGUUCAGUUAAUUAGCAACAGAUUUUCUUAUUCUUGCGAAUCUAUAAAGAAUGAAAUUAUAUCACGCAAGUUCUGCGUCUUUAAACGAAGUGAACGAUGAUUUUCUACUUUUAAGUGAUUCCGAAUCAUUUAUGUUGAAUUCAAAUAUGGUUUUAGUAUUUGCGUAUCGCGUACAGAUUUUACACAAAUGGUUGCCAAAGGUUUGAUGAGGUUUCUUGUCAUUCAUUCCCCCUCUGCGGCAGUGUUUUAGAUAAAAGUAUGAAGAAAUUAAGAGCAAAUGACUAGAACACUAAUAAAAACAAAACGCUAUGAAUAUUCUAUGUAAGCUUACAUAUUGAAUAAAUAUAUAUCUUUUAUGCCCUUUCUGUGGGUUUAAAUUUAUUGUA